UUUAAGAAGCAGAGCAGUGUGUGUCUAGGAGGAUGGAGCUGGUGCAGCAGUGUGCAGAGCAUCCAGCUGGAUACCGGGGAGAAGACACCCACCACCGGGGAUAGAGAGCGGCACUGGACCGGUUGUAAUAGAGAUUAUCUCCAUCAUCAUCAUCAUUGUUAUCAAACAGGGGAGGAGAGUGGAGGAGGAGGGGGCUGCAAUCAUCAUGGAGCUGCUGAGCUGAGGACCAUCACUGGCUGCAUACAUAGGAGCUGGGGGGAUGAGAGCAGUGUGAGUGUGUGUUAGGUGGGCUGAUGGUGGGUGUACAUGAUGUGCUAAGUGAUCAGAGGGGGUGUAGAGGGAAUACGUAUUAGGAGGAGGGGGUAUUUAGGGUGUCGUAGGUGAGCUUGUUGAAUAAAAGGGGAAUUUUGACUAUCUGUGGACUUCCAGCGUGUCCUAGGUGAGGAGCAAGGGGCAAUUCAAGGGGUCCUGGGUGAGAAGCUGUUAUAUGGGGUGUUCUCGGUGAGGAGAGGGGCAUAUAAGGUUUCCUGGGUAAUGAGGAAUUAUAAAAUGUCCUACAUGAGAGGAAGGUGGGUACUGGGGGUACAAGCAGGGGUGCACAGGGUAUAGGAACGUUACCCUGGGUGAGCAAAGCUUGACAGGGCUUAGUUAGGGUUAACAGAAGAAGGUGUAAAGGGUCAGCAGGGGGCUUACAGGGGAGGGGGUCAAUAUGCCCAAGGCUGGGACAUCACUGAAAAAGGCUGAUGGGUAGAGUUAUGAAUCAGAGAACACAGGGUGUCCUGUGUGUGCAGAAGGAAAUCGAAUGACUUGGUAGAAAACGGGCAUUCCUGUGACUUGGGAAAGAUAAGAGUGAAAAAGAAAAUAAUUAGGGUGCCCUAAAUGAUCCAGAAACAGGCAGACGGAGUUUUUUCGAGGGUCGCAUUAGUACAGAGAAAUCAUUUUGGAAUAGCCCCCUCUUAUUCAUUACAGCACCAAGAAGGGGAAUUUGAGCCGCAGAAGGAGCAGACCUUGACAGCCAUUCCACAGUGACCACCGGCUACCCCAAACUGGAAAUCUCUCCUGGGGAGGCUUUGAAAAGAACUACAAUCCUUUCGCAAACAGUAAGAGAACUAAACCCAGCAAAUGCCUGAGAGGGGGACACGGAGCCCCCUGACUAGCCAGAGAUAAACAUUGCCUCUGUGUAUUGAAUAGACAGCCUCAUCGGUGGGCACUGCGAAAAGGAGUGUUGCUGGGGUGCCCUGCUAAGGAUACAAAGAAGAGGGGUUCACCUCCUGCAGCCCCCCGGUGUAAGCCUGCCAACAGGGUCCAAAGCCUGAGAAUGGCCAAAGGAGGAUUCUUCCACGUGGAACAGAUAAGGCAAGAAAAGUAAACCCUGGGCUUCCUCAAGACUUGGGCACCACAAAUUUCAAAGAUUUUUUAUUUAUUUUUUAGCAAACUAUGGAUGAUUACCCUUGAGUGUUCCCCCAUAGAGGCCACCUAAAAGGGCAUCUAUGCCCUAACAUCUCACCAUUGGAAAAGUGCCCAUGAUUUACGAGGAUGAGGAAGCUACGAAGGUUUGUGCACUUGGUGCUAUUCUGCCCCCUCUCCAAGGGUCUCCAGUCUCGCCUCCCUGGCAUCAAAGUGAAGUACCUCUUCCUGGCAUGGCUGGGUAUUUUUGUGGGCAGCUGGGUGGUCUACAUGCACUAUUCCUCAUACUCAGAGCUCUGCAGAGGGCAUGCAUGCCGCAUGAUCAUUUGUGACCAGUACAAGAAAGGCAUCAUCUCCGGCUCUUCCUGCAAGGAUCUGUGUGAUGACCACACGCUGGUGUUUCAUCAGUGCCUGUCCUCCUCACCAACACACCAGGUCUACCGAGGGCUGUGGAGGGAGCGAGAAGUCAUCAUUAAGUGUGGAGUCGAGGAAAAUUUAAAAGCAGAGAGCAAUCCAGAUGCAUCUCCCCGCAGGGAGCUGGUCCUGUUUGAUAAACCCACCAGAGGAACCUCUAUGGAUGAGUUCAAGGAGAUGCUGCUCAACUACUUAAAAGCAAAGCUGGGAGAUCAGACGUCCUUGAUGGUUUUGGUCAGGCGUAUUUUAGCCAUGGCAGACGUCAAUGGAGACGGGAAAGUUUCUCUGGCAGAAGCCAAAUCAAUCUGGGCGCUGCUACAGCUGAACGAGUUCCUUCUCAUGUUAUCGCUACAUGAGAAAGAACAUACGUCACAGCUGCUGGGGUACUGUGGAGACCUCUACAUCACUGAGAAGAUCCCCCAUGAUUCCCUAUAUGGCACUCAGAUGCCCACCUUCCUGCAGACCCUCUUGCCCUCCCCCAUCCACACCGUGAUCCACCAGUGGUUUGCUCCUGCUUGGCCCAGGAGGGCCAAGAUCGCCAUUGGCAUGCUGGAAUUUGUGGAGGAGAUUUUUCAUGGGACUUACGGCAGCUUCUUCGUCUGCGAAACAAGCUUCAAAAACAUUGGCUACAACGAAAAGUAUGACUUCAAGGUGGUGGACCUGCGCAAGGUGGCCACUGAGAUGACAAUCAAAGACUUCCUCAAAGGCCGGCACUGUGAACAGAACUCUGACUGCACAUACGGGAGUGACUGCACCGCGGCCUGCGACAAGCUGAUGAAGCAGUGUAAAAAUGACGUCAUCCAGCCGAACCUGGCCAAAGCCUGCAAACUGAUGCAGGACUACCUGCUGUACGGUUCCCCGUCAGACUUGAAAGAGGAGCUGCAGAAGCAGCUGAGGACUUGUAUGACUCUCAGCGGCCUAGCCAGCCAGAUGGAAGUCCACCACUCACUCAUACUCAACAACCUGAAGACGCUGCUCUGGAAAAAGAUCUCAAACACCAAAUAUUCAUAGCAGGGUAAUAGAGGACUUUGUUUUUUAUGCUCCAGAUUCGCAUCUCACCAGCGCAGCUUCCAUCCUGCACUGACAGUGGGAACGUGCUGUGGCCGAGCGUAAAAGGUCUGAGCUGCCACUAAUCAUUUUUGUCAGGCUCAUACAUGUCUCCAGAGAGCCUGUGACUGCUGAAUGUCACUGCUGAAUCCAACAAACUAUUAACAUGUAAAUAAAAGGCUUUUAUGUGACGCGA